AUGCCUCUCGACAACAUCCGCAACAUCGUCCUCGUGCUCUCCGGCAAAGGCGGGGUCGGCAAGUCGAGCAUAACCACACAGCUCGCGCUUACGCUGUCGCUACAAGGCCACUCGGUCGGCGUCUUGGAUAUCGAUCUUACUGGCCCGAGCAUACCGCGAUUCUUUGGCAUUGAGGAUUCAAAAGUGAGGCAGGCCCCAGGUGGUUGGAUACCGGUCGAUGUACACGAAGCGCAGACGUUGCCAGCGCAGAAAUUGAAGAAGGAAGAAGAAGGAGAAGAGACGCGCAGUGCAGAGGGACAGAAAAUCGGGGCCUUGUCAUGCAUGUCACUGGGUUUUAUCCUGGCUUCGCGCUCCGACGCCGUCAUCUGGCGCGGUCCCAAGAAGACGGCAAUGGUCCGGCAAUUCCUGACCGAUGUCCUCUGGCCGCCGCUUGACUACCUACUCAUCGACACGCCGCCCGGCACCUCGGACGAGCACAUCUCCCUGCUCGAGAAUCUGCUGAAGAACACGACGCCUUCGCCCUCUCUCAACCCGAACCUCCCGUUUCUUGCUGGCGCAGUAGUAGUCACAACACCACAAUCCAUUAGCAUCAGUGACGUUAAAAAGGAACUCAACUUUUGCAAGAAAACCGGCAUAAGAGUUCUGGGGGUGAUAGAGAACAUGGCCGGCUUCGUCUGUCCCAAUUGUUCGGAGUGCACAAAUGUUUUUAGUAAAGGCGGGGGACAGGUCAUGGCUAAUGACUUUGAAGUCCCCUUCUUGGGCAGCGUCCCUAUAGACCCCGCGUUCGUCGAGCUGGUAGAGAGCGGGACACGGCCUGUGUAUCCAAAAGGAACUGUAAUGGAUGGUAAGGAUAUGAGUACGGAGGAUGUCGCCGCGGCAAAGAACAUGGAGGGCGGGUUUGUGGACAAGUAUAGGGAUUGCUCGCUCUACCCGCUUUUCGAUGGGUUUGUGACGAGGUUGAAGGCCGAUGUGGCGAAGAUAGAAUAA